UGUAUCGUGAAUUUUCGUUCAGGUUAAAUCGUGAAAAUGCGAAGUUAUACCUGUGCAACGACAUUAUGGCAGACGAAUGAAUCAUGUGCCGCGUUUUGAGAUUCAUUCCGAAAGAGAGCAGAAGACAGAGUUGAAACCCGCUGAGUGCUGAAAACAUUUUCUGCACAGGUAUCAAGAGAAUUCCUCCUAGAAGAAUUUCGUCAGCGCGAGGUUCAACCAAAUAUGACAGACUUUUGUCGAAUCACGGGCAAAAGUCGCGCUUUGCCGAAGCCGCAUUAUUUCCCCAUCCUUCCGCCUUUAUCACUGGCCGAUGUGAGCAAACUGAAAAACUGCAGAAUCACAUGCAAAUCCGAAGGCCAAGCGAAACACACAUUCUUGCCCCUCAUACUGCCGAAGAAGGGCAAAUGCGGCAACAAACCCGACCAGAGUCGCCACCAUUACGAACCUGUCGACCACACCAAUAAUAAGGAAUCUCAUCGUGUUGACAAAUGCAGAAUCACUCAAAAAUGCACUUGCCGUCAAGCAGCAGUAGCAUCAUCAGGCGAGAUUAGGAAUCCCUCGCAAAAUGUUGCUCAACAGCACGAACCCUCUUGUUGCUUAUUCUCGUCAUCAACAUCAUCAGCUCCAAUGAAUUCUUGCAAAAUGCGCGAAAAUUCGCUGGAAUCCCCGCCGAAGCCAACCGAUCAUCAUCACCCACAUCACAAGCAGUCCUGCACGGAAUCCAAAGUGUAUUACGUCAUUGGUGGGUUCUGCGACAUGGGGAAUGGCGAACUAGUGCCGUUAGUGUGCCAAUUUUUCGGCUCUGACGACAUGGGACAAACUUGCGGAUCUCAUCCUGUUCCGCUUCCGGUAGCAGCAGCAACAACGACAGCAGGAAAUUUCGAGGAGCAGUCAGGGUGUGAAUGCGGGUCAUGCAAUGUUUUCAACGCAGUGAUUGCUCGGUCGCAAUCAGGUACACCUAUCCCUCCUUCUGGUGAAUACGGACUCAUGUUGUUUGAACAAAGCAAAACGCAUAUCCAGCAUACUGAAAACGGAACACCCCCAGCAUCACAUUUGAUUCAACACUACGAAGUCAUGGACACCAAUCUUCCAGAAAUCCACAACAUAUCCGAUACCAUGACUCAAAAGACGCAGCCAGAUUACAACGCCAGCGCACUCGAUUAUUCACAAGACGCGAUUGGCAUCCAAUCUCGAACGAACGUGAAGGAAACACUCAUAACAGAUGAUGCACAUUUGCAAAGCACGACAACGAGCACACAGAUCGAAAAUGGAACAGCACUCUGUCAGCAGAGUAAAACAAAUUCUCCAAUGAAACAUUUCGAAAACUUGGGUGACAAACCGACGGAAAAAACAUGGGAGGGAGAAUCAGUUCGUAUGAACAAUAGGAACAACGAUGAUGAUAUGGUUCAGAAUGUCACGACCUCAUCAAAUAAGGAAAGCCAUAGCAAGCAUCGCGGAUUCUGUGAAAGUGACAAACGACUAACAGAGCAAACCAAAUUAACUUCGCUAGUAUUAACGGUUGAGUCAGACGAUUCGCCAAAAACGGCUUUAUUUCUCAACUUAGAAGAACCGAGCAGUCGCAAUGAGUUCAUGCAAUUCCAGAUCUCAGCAAAUGACUAUGAGAAAGGGGAAUUGUUCAUCGAUGAUCACUCAUUACCAUCACGGAAACCUGGGGUUUUAUCAAAGAAACCGUCCGGCAGCAAUGCUUAUCAGCAGCAACCGAUGACGCGCGAAGAAGUUUCGCAUGAAAUGCGUUCUUUAAAUAAUACCGAGCAGCACCAUUAUUGCACAAACCAGGAUCAGACAAACAUAUCCAGCCCUGCUGUGAAAACACCGUCAUUUCCUAAAAACGACGCGCAUGACGUUAACUCUCCCGCACCGAAUGAACGCAAUCCUGCUUCUCGGGUAAUGAAGAUGACCACUUCUCAUGAUACCCUCACGUAUUUUCACUCAGAAUGCUGUACAGUUCACGCAUCAUGCACGGAAAGUAACGAAGACUACGGAAGCCAACUUCCUGUCAUGGAUGCCACAUCAUCCCAGCAGCAAUUCACACUCACGAACGGAAUUCGCUGUGAAGCAGCAUCAGAUGGUACAACACCGGUCUUUUCUCCCUCCGGGAACUCACUCCUUCAAGGUCAUGGAACUCAUCCGUGCAUAGAAACAUCAGCUCUCAAUAAUCUGAACGAUUUCACAACAGAAAACAACGAGGAACUGGUGCAAGAAAUCAGUGGUGCACGUAAUCCACAAAGAAGACCUUUGCUUAGGAAUGAGAUCGCGCCGAAAAUAGCGACCCAGCAUCCGCACUGCGAUGGUCUUGUUGCUGAUGCGAAACCUUUUCCAACAACGGGAGUUGCUCAGCCAGACGGUGAAAAUAAUGAGAAACGGUUGGACGAAAUAGUUCCGCAUGAACUAAAGAACAAAGUGAGGGACGAAAUCGUUCAUAUUUCUGCGACGAAUGCCUCUGAUGAACGGCUGAGUGAUGCGAAUGAAACCGAUCUGGAUAUCUCGUCGACUAAUCUUACGGGUGCGCCACCUGGAAUGCUGAGCAAAUUCUCGACAGAUUUCGCAAUAAAGAAUGGUACUGCUAAUGGCAAACCAGACGGUUUGGCAGCAGAUGUUGGCGUGCUGGACCCUGCCAUGAUUCUCUUGGAGUCUUCAGACAUGGCUUCUUUGCUCACAGCACCGGACAUAGAGGGGCGAGUGUGCUUAGAUCUGUCAGGCUUGACCGAUCCAAGUGCUAAUGGUGGUGACGUAACCCAUGAACCUGAUCAACACCAGCUUGCCGUAAAUAAUUUGAAAAGG